AAUAACAACAGUACUAAUCCAUUCAAUUCAUCCAACCCAAAAUCACUAGACUAGAAUUCAUGGCAACUAGUAUUUCACCACAAUGCUUUUGCCGCCCACUUCCUCUGAACUUUCUCUCCGUUCAAUCCACUUCUUCUCCUCCUCCUCCUUCAAAGCUCUCAAUCCCAUACUCGACCCACCGCCGCCGGUCCCUUAAAAUUCGAGCCGGCGGAGAUCAUGACAUGCUCGGAGAUUUCGGGGCCAGAGACCCAUUUCCGGCAGAGAUAGCAAGUAAUUUUGGGGAUAAAGUAUUGGGUAAUGUUAGCACCGAGCACAAAAUACUCAUCCCAACUAUCAACGCCCUCUCUUUAUCCGAGCAGGAUUGCGUGCCCAUAUCUCCUUCGCAAGCUCCUUUAUCUAUAGAUGAAGUUAAACCCUUAUUGAGAAAGGUGAUUGGUUGGAGAAUGUUGGAUGAUGGAGGGGCACUGAAACUUCAAUGUUUAUGGAAGCUGAAAGAUUUUGAAAGUGGGGUGGAAUUGAUUAAUAGAAUAAACAAUGUUGUCGGAGCUACGGGACAUUCUCCCCCUGAACUUCACUUGGAACAGCCAAAUCAAGUCAGGGCUGAACUCUGGACAGCUUCCAUUGGAGGAUUGAGCAUAAAUGAUUUCAUUAUAGCUGCAAAAGUCGACCAAGUACAAAUAUCUGAUCUUUUACCUAGGAAGAGAGCUUGGGCAUAAGAAAUAAACUACUCCACUGUUCUGAUAUUCCCAAUCUUUCAUUACUUUUUUGUUUUUAUGUUAAUCUUUUGAUAAUAAUGAUGAUUGAUUUCCUUUGCAAAACAAGCAUUUUGUUCAAUUAAAUUGCUUGAACUCUGCAUUCA